GCUGACGAUUAGAAAGAAGUGUGGAACCCGGAGAACACGGAGAACACACGGAGAACACGGAGAACAAAACAACAAUAAACAGCACAGACGCAUACCUGGUCGCCAUUGUAGAAGAGUCAGUAUUGGAUCGUCAUCCUAGAUGUGUCACCAUUGGUCGUCCCGGUAGAAGCGUCACCAUUGGUCGUCCCGGUAGAAGCGUCACCAUUGGUCGUCCCGGUAGAAGCGUCACCAUUGGUCGUCAUCCUAGAAGCAUCACCAUUGGUCCCCACUGGUCGUCCGGGUAGAAGCAUCACCAUUGGUCGUCACCGUAGAAGCGUCACCAUUGGUUGUCACCAUUGGUCGUCCCGGUAGAAGCAUCACCAUUGGUUGUCACCAUUGGUCGUCACCGUACAAGCGUCACCAUUGGUCGUCACCGUACAAGCGUCACCAUUGGUCGUCACCGUAGAAGCGUCACCAUUGGUCGUCAGUCACCAUGGGAAAGACUCCUUUAAAAGAUCAGAAAGACGGCAAAAAAGAGAAACCAGGUGUGACUCCUACAACAGCUAAAGAUGCUUUCAGCUGGGAAGAAUAUCUAAAAGAGACGUCUUCUUUACCGGCUCCUCCAGGAUGUUUUCGUCAGGCCAGAGUCCCGCCCUCCAACGACUUCAAGGUGGGAAUGAAGCUGGAAGCCCACGACCCGCGCAAUUCCACCUCCGUCUGCAUCGCCACGGUUAUGGGUUUGACGGGGGUUCGUCUGCGUCUCCGUCUGGACGGAAGCGACAACAGCAACGACUUCUGGAGGCUCGUGGACUCCUCGGACAUCCAGCCGAUCGGAACCUGUGAGAAGAACGGAGACAUGCUGCAGCCACCGCUGGGCUUCAGGAUGAACGCUUCCUCGUGGCCGAUGUUUCUGUUGAGAACCUUAAACGGAGCAGAGAUGGCUCCAGCAUCUGCCUUUAAAAAGGAACCUCCUCAGCCCCCCCAGAACAACUUUAAGUCGGGCAUGAAGCUGGAGGCCGUGGACAAGAAGAACCCGUACCUCAUCUGCCCCGCCACCAUCGGAGAGGUGAAGGGCGACGAGGUCUUCGUCAUGUUCGACGGGUGGCGCGGCGCCUUCGAUUACUGGUGCAAGUACGACUCCAGGGACGUCUUCCCCGUGGGCUGGUGCUCACUCACAAAGCACAGCCUCCAGGUGCCGGGAAACAGCGUCUCCAUGCCAAAGGCCGUGCCGAUCCUCCCGGCGUCGCCCUCCAAGCCCAGCCGGCGUUCCAUGCAGUCCCCCUACAGACUCCCCAACCCUCUGCCCGCUCUGCCCGUCAGGAAGGGGGUCAGAGGUCGCCGGCCCAAGAGCGAGACCAUCGCUCUGCUCAAAGCCGUGGCCGAAGCGACCGCCGCACAAAACGGAGCCGCACCCGAAAGCACACCGCUGGUCCCCCGACCCCACAAGAAGAGAGGGCCCAAGCCCGGCAGCAAGAGGAAGUCCAAGAUUCUCCAAAGCCCAGCACAUCUGCCCAGCAUCCAGGUUCCUCAAGACAGUCCUGCCAGCCUCAACUCCGUGGUUUCAACAGUGUGCGUUUACGUGAACAAGCACGGUAACUGCGGCCCCCACCUGGACAGGAAGCAGAUGCAGCAUCUUCCGGACCACUUCGGUCCGGGCCCGGUGAACGCGGUGCUCCAGCAGGUGGUCCAGUCCUCUAUAGACUGUGCGUACCAGCCCAAAGUCCUGCUCAGCGCUCUGCAGACGCACUCUGGAGGAGGAGAGGUGGUCAGAGUGAGAACCGACGGCGGCGUCCGUGUGGUCAAACUGCCGUCGGCCUCCAGUGCUUCCUUCGUGCUUCGCUUCCUGGAGACGAUGUGUCGUCACCUGCAGUGUGACAAUCUGUUCAGCAGCCAGCCGUUCAGCCACUACGCCGCCUACGACCGGACCAAGUCAGUGAAAGAAGAGGCGCUGGACGCUCCGUCUCUGGUUCGGGGGGGUAAACGGAGUCUCUCUGGAGUCUCGCCGCCGUAUGCAGCUCCUCUGUCGCCUAAACAUUUACGCACCGAAGCUCAUCCUUCAGAAGCAGAGACUCUGCCUCACGAAGAGAACGGCCUCAUGAAGGAGCAGCGCUACAUGGACUCCGCCUCCAACUCCAUGACCCCUCGACCCCAAACGGUGCGAAGCGCAUCGGAGUACCACUCUCGCACCGGCGCCCGCUAUCGCCACGGCAACGGCGCGGCCAUUCGACGCCUCUCCUCCAACCCGGCAGAGCUCAGCUCCAAGCUUCCGCUCAGACGGGUAGAAGCAGCCAGCUCCACCACCGGGCCCGAGGCUCUGGGUUCUGAGCUGCCCAGUAGAACCCCGUCCUCCUGGUCCAUCGAUGAGGUGAUGCAGUUUGUGAGGGACGCCGACCCCACAGCUUUAGCUCCACACGCUGAGCUGUUCAGAAAACAUGAGAUCGAUGGGAAAGCUCUGAUGCUGCUGCGGAGCGACAUGAUCAUGAAGUACAUGGGUCUGAAGCUCGGCCCGGCUCUCAAGCUGUGUCACCACAUAGAGCGUCUGAAACAUGUGAAACCCUGAGACGGACCGGGGCCCCUGGAGGAGCCGCCGUCUGGACCAGGACUCAUGGGGGGGCUACAUGUGGACUCUGGACUCCACCUGGAGGGGGUCUGAGGUGGACUGCGUGGACACAUUACCUCAUCCCCUCAUCAGUGAACCUUUAUGAAAUCCCAAAGGAACAGAACCGCUGCAGUGUCUGCAUCGCUCUCUGCACACGGAGGUGAACAAUCUUUUGAUCCUGGUUUUGGAUCCCCAAAGAUGGAGAAUGUUUCUUCUUAUAUACUGUUUUUAAUCUUGACUUAAUAAGGACGGGUCGGUUCACUGAGAAAAACUGAAACCCAUCAGAAGUUCUUCCCUUCAAGAGGAGAUCUCUCUCUCUCUCGUUCAGCUGGUUUUAUCACACGUUUGCCUCACGUUUGGUUUUCAUUUCCUGCAGAAAGCUGAUAAUACGUUCAUAUCGUUAUCUCACUGAUCGCCGUGGUUACACUCGUCUUCUCAACGCCUCAGAGCGACCCGCCUGAUCGGAUAUAUUUCGUGGUUAAAAGAGCGGCUGUGAAACGGUGGAUAAACAUUUAAUUUCCUGUUAAUCCUUCACAAUACAAGUCCCCCGUUUACUUCUUCCUCCCUGCAGUAUUAGUGGACUUGUUUAUCAAAGCUCAGCUAGUUCAGUGAUAAAUACAUUUUCCUAUUAAUUCCUCACAAUAGGGCUGCAAAUAAUGAUUAUUGUCCAUUGAGUUGACGAUUAAUCGAUUAGUUGUUCGGUCUAUAAAAUGGAGAAGAGUCGAUCAGUGUUUCAGAAACUACGCCUGCAGAUCUCUUUUAUUUGUCCACAACUCUAAGAUAUUGAGUUUCCUGUCAAAGGAGGAAAGAAACCAGAAAAUAUUCACAUUAAAAAAGCUGGAAUCAGAAUUUAGACUAUUUUCUUAAAAUAAGAUGAUAGGUUUUCAUAAAACCGAUCGCUACUUCACAAUAAAAGUCCCCCGUUAUUUCUCCUGCUUCCUCUUCCUCCCUGCAGUAUUAAUAGACCUGUUUAACAAGAUCGACUUCUUCAGUGAUAAAUUACUAUUAAUUCUACAUAAUAGGGCUUCAAAUAACCAUUAUUUUCACUGUCCGUCUAAGUCGUUGAUUAUUAAUCAACUAGUAUUUGGUCCAUAAAUUGUUAGAAAAUGGUACAAAAAUGCCGAUCAGUGUUUCCUAAAGCCCAAGAUGACGUACGCAACAACAACUCAGUAAAGAAAACAGAACUUAUUCACAUUUAAGAAGCUGUUUCUCAUUAUGACUAAACUUGAUUAAUUGGUUAUCAAAAAUUGUUGAUUCAUUUAAUAGGUAACAACUAAUUGAUUAAUUGUUGCAGCCCUACUUCACAAUAAAAGCCCGUUAUUCUUCCUGCAGUAUUAGUAGAAUGUUUUUCUAAAGAAUAGCUGCUAACAAAGCUACGCUAGUUCAGUGAUGAACACGUUUUCCUGUAAAAUCUUAAAGUCUCUUCUUAUUUUGUUAUUUAAAAGCUUUUAUUUUGGAGGAAAUCAUCCGCAGUAACUUAACAGGACUCAGUUCCUGAUCUCGGAGCGUACAGACCUUGACAGUUGAAGCGUCCUGGACUGAUCAGACGACAGAAGUGAGUGUAACCACGGCCGGAGACGCCAUCACCUUUUUUCCCGACAUAUCUGAUCAAACCUCACGUUUCCACGAGUUUCCUGCCGCAUCAUCAUCAUCAUCUUCUGUGUCGGCCUCAAUGAAGGGUUUCAAAAAGGACGACAUUUCUAAGGGCUGUUUGUUCAGUUUGGAUGUAAUAUUUCAUCUUCAUCAUCAUCUUCAUCAUGUGAGCCCGUCGGCUCCUCUGACCGUUACAAUCACUGUUAGCAAAGAGAACAGAUGUGUACAGUUUUUAUGGGUUUAACCAUGAAUAUCAGCGACAGAAUGUACAUUUUGUAGAAACCUAAUAUUUUAAAUAAAUCAUAUACAUGAGUUAGAAAUGUGAAGAUAAAAGAGGAGGAUGGUGGAGUUCCAUUCUGCUUCUUUUAGUUUUUUUAAUCUUAUUAACGCGGCGCUUUUAGUUUCAGUGGUUUAGACGCUGCCUUGCUUCACUGACGCGUUUCUCAGGUCUGCGUGGUCUUUGUUAGGACGAGCUUUUGUAGCCAACCGUUUAUAAGAAAACACUCGACAGAAGUUUCCUCUUCCUCCUCCUGGAUAAAAAAAAGACUUUGUGCCAUACGACUUUCAACUCGAGGGUUUCUCUCUUCUUGCAUCUUCUUCAAACUACUUGAACAUAAGUGUCACUAGUCCAUUUUUAUGUCACACCGGAUAAACAAUGUGUGUUUAUGAAGUUGUGUAUUUCCUUUUUAUAAACCUACC